CGCACGGAUAAUAGCUCUGAGCUUUUGACAAUGGCUUCAAUGGCAUCACCGAGCAUUCACUAUUUCUACAAGAAUCACAAGAAAUCCUGCAAGAAUUCCACCCUUCCCCGUGUCAUUCUUUCUCAGAAGCAACCCGACCAACCCACUGACCAUGUUGGCCGAAGGGAAAUUGUACUGAGGAGCAGCGAAUUAGCUGUAAUUGGAGCCAUCUUCAGCUUAAGCGGAAAAAAACCUGCGUAUUUGGGGGUUCAGAAAAACCCACCGGCACUAGCACUUUGUCCGGCUACCAAGAACUGUAUCUCAACGUCGGAGAAUGUCAGUGAUGUCGUUCACUAUGCCCCACCCUGGAACUACAACCGCGGCAGGAAAAAGCCUGUGAGCAGAGAAGAAGCAAUGGAGGAACUAGUCGAAGUGAUAAAAUCGACGAAACCGGACAAGUUUACACCUCGGAUAGUGGAAAAGAAGGCUGAUUAUGUUCGAACGGAAUACGAAAGCCACAUACUCGGGUUUGUUGAUGAUGUUGAAUUUUGGUUUCCACCGGGAAAGAACUCGAUAGUGGAGUACCGAUCGGCAUCACGGUUGGGAAACUAUGAUUUUGAUAUCAAUAGAAAGCGAAUCAAGGCAUUGCGACAAGAGUUGGAAAAGAAAGGAUGGGCGUCUGAAGACAGCUUUUGAGGGGCAUUGCUUAUACAACAAGAAUAAAUUAUAUACCGAUCGAACCCUCAAUUUUUAUAAUCAUGUACUGAUGGUGCUUUAAAGGCUAGAUCAAAAGAAA